AAGGCGCAUGGUAUCCGUCAUUAAAUAAGCUACUCACUGGCUGAAGGGAACGGUACAGGGUUAAAGUUAUUAUUCGGGCAAGUGGCGGUUACACUCGUUAUUAAAAAUUUGGCUACAUAAUGUCAUUUUAGGUAACGUAUUCGUCAAAAUUAACCGAAAAUAUCCACAACUUUAUGUUUUGUAAACGGUUCAACACUAUACUUAUAUAUAAUAGUAAAACUUGUUUAACGUAUUACAUCCAAUGUACUUUGCAGCAUUUUUAUACGCCACAUUGUGUUGUUCGGUGAUUAUUGUUAUGCACCUGGUUGUUCGUCCGUCCGUCUGUCCGAGCAAACAUUUUGGGUUUAGGUACUUUAUAACGGUAAAAAGAACAAAACAUAACAAUAGGUUCAUUCCGUGAUCAAAGGGCUUAUGGGCUAGAAGCCAAGGUCAAGGUCACAUUUAGUCAUUUUGUUUCAAUAUCAUAAUUUUUGCCCGCUCUGUAUCUUUUGAAUCGAUAGAAGGAAAUAUUUUGGCCGAAAUAUUUAUAUUGAGACGGUGUGCAGAACACAAGUUUGGACUUAACAUUAAACUUGGGCCCACCCCGGGAAUUAAUUUAUUGUUAAAGACUUAAAUUGGAGUUUUCGUGUCCGGUCUGUGUCUUUUAAACAGGGGAAAGACAUAUCAAAGUACUUGACAGAAAUGUUAACCAUAAUAAGACGAUGUGCAGAGCGUGGUUUGACCUCUCUCAGGUCAAGUUCACAAUUAGUCAUUUUGUUUCAAUAUCAUUUUUUUCCGCUCUGCAUCUUUUGAACCGAUAGGAAGAAAUUAAAACAUUUUGGAAGAAAUAUUACUUCUAUUGAGAUGAUGUGCAAAACACAAGUUUGGACCUCGGUCAACCCUGGCUAUUAAUUGAUUUACAUGGACUUGUUUAGAAGUUUUUGUAAAAAUCGUAUUUUUUUAAACAUCAAACCCCUAAUUCAAUUUAAAGGGACUCCACUGAGGUAUUUUGACAUGGUGGGACUGAAAAUAUUUUUUUCCAGAUAAAUGUACCAUUUUAUGUACGUUUAGAUCACUUAUCUAUGUGCAAACUUUCAGAUCACUUCGUUCUUCCAGAAUAAAUAUUCGAAUUGUAAAAAAAUGACCCAAAAUAAAAAGCGUCUAAAAAGCAUAAAAAUAAGUUCAAGUUAUUUCAAAGUAUAUUUCUUAACUAUCUUUGCAUAUAUUUCUAUUUAAAGUGUCCCAGCUCAUUUAUGUAAAGAAUUCAAAUUUUCUCACCCUGUGACGUUAUGUUUUAGGCUUUUAAACCUCAGUGGAGUUCCUUAAAGUUUGUUGUUUUUUUUCAAAUUUCACAAUAACAUUGUUAAUGUUUAUGUGUGCAUUAAUUUUAUUUUUAUGAGAUCACGCUUAACAUCCAUGACAUUGUCAUGUGUAAAUUCGACUUGGGUAUUUUGAACAAAAGCUCUUUUUUCCAAUUCUGUUAUAACUGGUGGUAAUAAUUCAGACAAUCUCUUUCAAUAUCUUUUGUUUCAUAUUUAAGGUGAUUUUUAAUUAGAAAAUGUCCUAAAGACACGAAGCUUUAAUGAAAUCAAUAACUUUAAAUUCAGGUAAUAUAGGUCAUGUUUGCCUUAUCAAAAUUGUAAUGGCCAUAUGGCAACUUUCUUUAUCUCUUUAGUGCCCCCUGGAAUAUUAAUUAAAAAGGCACUAGCAGACCCCUAAGUAGAAGCACCGACGAUCAGUAACCUAAUUAGAGACCUUUCUCACUAGAGAAGAAAUCUAAAUUCCUGGUGGAUCUCGAACUUACUUCAUGUACUAUAUAAAAUAUGAAUGUAAACAUCAAAGGAACGUCGCUUUCAACGUCAAUAUUUGGAGCCUUUUAAAACGAUUUACAAAUUAAGUUUUCCUAAAAAAUAAAUUUUAUUUUUAUCACAAACACGCACGCACAUAUAUCCAUUAGCUCUUGUUUUUAAAGCAUUUUAAAUGAUAUUAGGUCAUUGACAAUAAGAUGCUUGAGUUAUUGAUAACUGCAAUGACAAAGAAGCUUAGAAAGCCCAAAAUACGCACACUUUUACCAAAAGGCCAUACAUGUAUAUGAAACAAUUAUUUUUGAUUGCAAGUAAAAUUGCGGAAUGUCUUUGUUUUAUGUGAAUAUUUAGAUUAUUUAAAUAGCUAGUCUAAGACCCGGAUAAUAUUUCUAACAAAUAUUAUGGGGCUGAAAAAAACUUUAAUUUGUGACGUGUUAAAAAAAACACUUGCAUCACAAGUAGCGUUCUGCUCAAAAUUUGAUUUUUUUUAACAAAUAUUUGCAAGGAACAUUUAUUUCCAACUAACUGCUAAUUACUUGUUUAAAUUUUUACAUACACUAUGAGCCGCAAGGUUUAUACAGUCAUUUAUGUACUAAAAAUGAAUUAAAUGAAAGCAUAAUCGCACACUGAAUACUUCCAUGUUUUAUCAUCAGAAAAAAAGGUAUAAAUGGUUGUUUCAAAUGAAUAACAAAACAAAACAUACAUUGUAAUUUAGAAUUUGCUCCGUUCCCCUUUCUAAAGUUUUUGUGUUCUGUAUAUCUUUUUAAAGCACUGUAUUGUCUACCAUUUUAUUAUAUCUUAAUGAAUGAAUGCUAAAACAGCACUGCAAUAAUGUAAAACAUCAACAAGAGUCAAUCAUAAAGAAUGUAUAUAUAUCUUUCUAUAAAACAGUUAGAAAAAACAGGCCCAGAGAUCUCUUAAAAUAAAUAAAAUAAUAUAGAUUUGAACAACAAAAAACUCUCACAUUAAAAGUGAAAGCAAUUUACUCAGAUUUAUUUAAAAAAAAACAACAGAAAAUUUAUGUGUACUGUAUCCAUUAAAAUGACAAGGUAGUCCGUACCAUUUCAUUAUAAAUUUAUUAAAAUAUGCUAAAACAUCACUGCAUUCACUACAAACAUUGGACAUAACAACUAUAUAAGAUUUAGCAAUUAUUUUUUAAUGAAAGAAUGGGAAAAACAGACGAACUGUUAAAAAAUUGCUUGUUGUGAUAAAUAAGUGUGUAUUGUUCCCCUCGGUCCCGGCUAUGAAAAAAAAAGUACUAGAAUGUUCACAAAAUAUAUUCGAGGUUUUUCAUAUUUUCGGUUUAUAUAAUGACUGGUACGAUGUGUCUUAUCUGGUCAAAAUCGGUUGAGAUAAGCAAAGUUAUUUAUAGAAACAUACCCAAAAUUCAGGCGGUAUGGUCAAAUUAAUUUUGUUAAUUUACAAACCCGUUUAUUAAUAACUUUUGUAGUGACUUGAUCUGUUUCAACCAAUGAAAAUGUGCAUACAGAUUUUCGGGUAUAUCGUAAAUGUCCUUUGGUCGUGUAAAGUUUACCUAUAAAGUUCAAUAUCAUAAAUCUACGUUGUUAAAGCAGCGGUAGUAAUGCAAGUGUAUUCAACGACUUGCGAACGAGCGUAUUUCGUAUUAAAUAUUGUCUGUUUAAAAAUAAAACAAGUACUUGAUGCUUCAAUCUCACCUCAAAAUUAAUAAAGUUGUCCAUUGGCCUACAAAGCAUUAUCUUUCUAACGGUCAUCUUACAGUCAUUGCCAACCUCCACAACAACUCUUAAGACUGUAGGCCUAAGUGCUCUCAUGUAACUGGUUGGGAGAACCCUUAAGGUAUGUAGUCUACAGUGACAUUGGCCGUCUGACCACAAAUUUUAUAGUACUUGCAUCGAUGAAUGCGAUUUGUUUGAUUCAAUUUUUAUGUCAUUCUAUGCAAUUGUUAGAAAGAUAGAUAUCCAUUAAAUGCAAUUUAAAAAAAUCUGCGUUAUAACGAAGAAAAUGAACCCCCAACCCAAUAGAAGUGUGUAUAAAUAUAGCCAUGGCAUGUGCAUACAAUCAUGAUGAAGCAUCCUUGAAUCUUUUAAACUUCCAAAGGUUCCACUGAGUACUGUUUUCAAUACACAAACAAACUUAUGUGAAAUAAUGAUUUAUAUAGUCACGUUUUUUUCUUCUUUUGGUUAGAAAACAAUAAGACUAUCCAUCAUGAUCACCUGAGUAGUGAAUACGUUGGUAUAAAUGUGACACAGAGUCUGUUCAUGUCAGUAAUAAAACCUGACUAUUCUAAAAUGUCAUGUUCUUCAUCAUAUUUACCAAUUUAUUAUUAUAUUGAGCGGGUUUUUUUUCUAUCGAAGGUCUUUUUUCUUUGUUUCACCGGCUAAGUUUGAGUGGCGAAUAAAAAAUAAAAUGUCUACUUAAUUAUGUUAAUGCUAAGUUUUUUGUUGUGCUUUGUAGUCAAUUUCCAUUCAAAAUCACUGUAUUUUGUGUACUUCAUAAAGUUUAUCUUGUGAUAUAAAUGAUAUUGUGUUACAUUAAUAUAGACAUUAGAUCAAGAUUUGCCAUCAAAGAUGCUUUCCGCGAAACCGAGUUUUGCUCUGGAGUAUUUCCACCGGAGACAUAUAAAUCAAAAGAUUCAAAUAUUAAUUUGAUUUAUCGACGUUGGGAUUUGUCGACAUAUACGUAUGCGAUCGGCGAAAUAAAGGGGCGUGUUGAAGGAUUUCGGCUACAUUAUAAAAUAUCAGAUCAUUCACUUCAAAGGUAUACUACCGAGGUCAAAGGAUCUCACUCAGGGCUUAUUUCUUGCUCAGGGCUUUUAAGAAAAUGCUAUACAGUAUUCAAUGAUGAUGUAUCAUGGGAUAUUGCAAACCGCAAAUGCCGUAAGCGCAGUGAACAUCUUGUCACUAUAGCAUCAAGAAUGGAAAUGAAUUACAUACAAUACCUUCUACGUUUUGUGUUAUAUGAUCAUUACCCUGCUGCGUACAGACGUCGGUUUAACAUACCUUAUGGAGCACAUAUUGGCUUGAGACGACAUACGGACAAAAACAAGAAGACAAGAUUUAAUUGGGUCAACGGCAACAGCGUUACAUUCACUGCAUGGGAAAGCGGACAACCUGCAAUAACAGAUUGUACCCGUACGUUAUUCCAGUUUUUCAAUACCGAAGCACUUUGGGGGACUGAAGAUUGUUUGAAUAAUAAGGUCGAAUUUUACAUCUGUGAGAAACCGUUUUUAGAUGACGGGAAUCACACAAAAGAUCACAAUCUCUCACAAAAUGCAAGUACGGAUACAAUGUUAAAAUCUGAUUUACCCCGCCGACACAAUUCCGGGGCGUAUUUCCGCUGUACAAAUAGCAAAGAGUGGAUAUCUAUGUUAGCUAAAUGUGAUGAUGUCAUUGAUUGUAUUGAUGCUUCGGACGAAGUCAUGUGUUUGCAUGGCAAUAGUGGUAAUAUGUUCUGUUCAUUAUAUUUCUUUUUAAAAAUCGUUAUUUUUAUUUUGUGA